AUGUUUGAGUUGCGUGGGCAGGUGGAAGCAAUCUUCGAGGCGAUGGCACGUGGAGGUGGCGGCGAUGGCCUUUCGCUGGAACGGCAAAGAUACAUCGAAAUUAUUCAAGAUAUUUGUGGCACAUUGCAGGAGGCCCAUGUCCUUCUGCAGGACUACCCAGAAGACUCACAGAUUCGCGUGAAAGACUUCUUGGAUAUCCUCUUCACCUCCGAGGUACACAAAGCUGAAAGCCGUGUGAGAGAAGGGAGGGAUGUGAAGAAGCCUUCAACAUUUGAGGCGCAGAAUGAGGAGCCGAGCUCGUCCAGCAAUGGAAAGGAGGUUAAGGUGCGGAAGGAACAACUGAGCAGGCCAAAGGAAGCUCAAAAAGAGACCAAGGAGCAGCGGACCGAAGCCGAGACCGGCGCCUCCUCUCAGGUGCCUAAACUUUCCAAGGCCAGUCUGAAAGAUUAUUUUGAGAAAAGCUACAAGCAAGGCUGUGUGUUCGAUCAUGAAGAGUACCGGCAUGACCCGAAAGACUGGUGCUGGGUCCACACCGGACUGGAUGUGAAGGUCUGGCAGGAUGCCCUUGACCUGACUCAAGCUAGCGAUGCCAGCGAUGUGCAGUGUUUCUUCCACUAUACCAAUGAGCUUGGCUUUAGAAACAUCACAGAUCCCGCAAAGUCAGUGGUGGAACUCUUCGCUUCUCUGAUAACGACCGGUGAGAAGGCCAACGCUUGGUGGGGGGCAGGAGUUUACUCCGUACAGAAGCCCCCAGAUGAGUGGCCCAAUCUCGAAAGACUGCUUGAUAACAACUAUAGGAGGAUGCUCAAGCGAGACAUUGACUUGAAGGGUCGUGAGGCAGCUGUGAAGGAAUACAGAUCCCGGGUGUCCUUCUGCAUCCCUAUACUCGUCAAUGCAUCCGUGGCCUAUGAUGUGUCGAAGAGACGAACGCCUGAAAUGGUCAAGCAGGGGAAGCCCGUUGGUGUGAAUUUAGCUGGAAUGCCGCUCAACGAAGAUGGAAUGCCGCCUCGACAGUGUUUCGUCAUUCGAGUGGAAACGGAGGAGGAGGUUGGCAAUGCCAGAGCAGUGCUGAUGGAAGCGGUCCGCUGCCGCGCCAAAGCUAUCGAAGAGAGACUGGGAUCAGAGCAUUUUGAAACCCUCAAGGCAUCGAGCCGGUUGGCGAACGUGCUGACGGCGCGCGGUGACUAUGCCGAGGCGGAGCCGCUGCAGCGGCAAGCCCUGGCAAUCAGCGAAGCGGCGACCCUCAGAGAGGUGCAGAAACUGGUGGAGACGAUGUAUUGCGCAGGGAACCUGGCGGAGGCUGAGACUUUGUGCAGAAGAGCUGUGAUCGGACGUGAACGUGUGCUGGGAGAGAUGCAUGCAGAGACCCUGGACUCGGUGAACGAUCUCGGGGUAGUCUUGACGAAUCAAGGGAAACUGGAAGAGGGUGAGCUGCUUUGCAGGAAAGCUUUGGAAGGCCGUGAGACGCUGCUAGGGCCUUUGCAUCCGGACACAUUGCAGUCCGUCAAUAACCUCUCAGUGUUGCUGGAGAACCAGGGCAAGCGCGAAGAAGCCGAGCCGCUUUCGAGAAGAGCUUUAGGAGGUUGGGAGACACAGCUGGGGGCGCAUCAUCCUGAGACAUUGAGGGCCGUCAACAAUCUUGCGUUGUUGCUGCAGAAGCAGGGCAAACUCGAAGAGGCCGAAGCUCUUCACAGAAGAGUGCUGGCAGCCCGUGAAACUCAACUGGGAGCAAAUCAUCCGAGCACAUUGACGUCGGUCAACAACCUUGCGGGGUUGCUGAAGGAGCAGGGCAAGCUCGAGGACUCCGAAGUCCUUUACAGAAGGGCUUUAGCAGGCUUUGAAGCACAACUGGGAGCCCGUCAUCCGAGCACUCUGACGACCGUCUUCAAUCUCGCCGACCUUUUGGAGGCGAAGGGCGGCCACCUGGCCGAGGCAGAAGAGCUCUAUCUUAGAGCUUUGAAGGGUUACAAGGAGCUGCAUGGCCCUGACCACGAGGACACCCAAUUUCUCCGCAGUCACCUGGAGCGCUUCCGCAGAGAACAUUCCACCGGUUGA